AUGCUCAUCACUCUCCGGUCAGAGAAGGGAAUUGGAGAGGCAGCACGCACGACAGACACAAGAAUGGCAUCCAAACCGGUCACACUCCAGAUCAAGUCGCGUGGAAAGCGAAUCCCUAAGCUGCCGCGCGACACCUCCAUCUACAUACAAGGUAGUACGAGUGAUCUCUACCACCGCAUCGCCGCCGAGAGCAAGGUCGACAUCCACCGCCUGCGCAUCACAACCGAAGACGGCAAAUUCAUUCCGAACGAGAAGACCUCCACUGUUGCCAGCUUCAACCUGAAAGAUGGCAGCGUGAUACAGGUCAAGGAUCUUGGCCUCCAAAUUGCAUGGCAGACAGUGUUCAUCAUUGAGUACCUGGGCCCUCUGCUAAUUCACCCACUUUUCUACUUUGCACGACCCUACAUUUACAAAAAUGCCGAUCACGAACCUUCGCAGCUCCAGACACUAUCAUGCCUCCUCCUCACCAUCCACUUCCUCAAGCGCGAGCUCGAAACGAUCUUCGUUCACCGCUUCAGUAACGCAACCAUGCCUGUCCUCAACAUCUUCAAGAAUUCUGGUCACUACUGGGUAUUGGGGGGCUUGCUGAUCGCAUAUUUCAUCUACUCUCCAAACGCACCUACGGCUGCGCCCAUCAACCCAGUUUUAGACUAUCCUGCCAUAGCUUUGUUCAUCAUCGGCGAGCUCGGCAACCUCAACACACAUCUGGUGCUCAGAGGGCUUCGUUCAGCAGGCGGCACCGAACGAGGUAUACCCAAGGGGCUUGGCUUUGACUGGGUAACCUGCCCCAACUACUUCUUCGAGGUUGUUGCAUGGGUCGGCAUUUUGAUCGUCACGAGGCAUUGGUCUACUUUGCUUUUCGUUGUUACCGCGGGAGCGACUAUGGCGGUGUGGGCGCAGAAGAAGGAGCGGAGAUACAGGAAGGAAUUCGGCGCAAGCUAUAAGAAGAAGAGAUGUGGCAUCAUCCCUUUCGUUAUCUGA